AUGGCCGGGUCAGCUGACACCAUUGAGAUGCCGGCUCUGGGCCGCCCGUUCCAGCUGGGGAUGCUGUACGACUGCCGCAGCGACUCCCUCAUCCCAGGCAUCACUUUAUGGGACCUGGAGACACUUCAAAAUCAUGUAGAUGCAAAACCACAAUCCAAGACUGAAUUUCAGAUUGUUGCAUCUGAUGCCACUGAUGACAAGGCCUCUGCCCUCAAUGUCACAGCAUCGCUGAAGGCCAGUUUCCUGUCUGGCCUGGUGGAGGUGAAUGGAUCCGCAGAAUAUUUAAGUGAUAACAAGACAUCAAAACAUCAAGCCCGUGUUUCUCUCCACUACUCAGCUCAAACACAGUUUAAGCAGCUGAGUAUGAGCCACUUAGGGCACCAUAAUAUCUCUUACCCUGAUGUGUUUGACCAAGGCACGGCCACCCACGUGGUCACAGCUGUGCUGUACGGGGCGCAGGCUUUUUUUGUCUUUGAUCAGGAUGUUUCUUCAUCUGAGAACGUACAAGACAUACAGGGAAAACUCCAGGUUAUCAUUAAAAAGAUACCCCAGGUUUCCAUCAAAGGGGAAGGAGCUCUCAAAAUGGAUGACAUGGAAAAAAAACAAACUGAAAAACUUAAUUGUAAAUUUUAUGGUGAUUUUGCUCUUGAGAACAAUCCAGCUACUUACCAAGAUGCCAUGAAAACAUACUCCACCCUCCCCAAGCUGCUGGGUGACAGUGGGGAGAAGGCCGUACCAGUGAGAGUCUGGCUGUACCCACUGACGAAGCUGGAUUCCAGAGCUGCUCAGCUGGUGCGUGAGAUCAGCACAGAACUGAUCGUUGAUGUUCAAACUGCUCUGGACCAACUGACAGAAUUAGACAUGCGAUGUAAUGACGCAGUGAAGAAAUCAAAUGCCACAAAGUUCCCUGAAAUCAGGAGCAAAAUCCAGCAAUUCAAGGAUCUGUGUAAACAACACAGAGAGACUUUCCAGAAACAGCUAGCAAGUAUCUUACCCUCCAUCCGUGGAGGUGGAAAAGAGGAAGGGGCCCUGGUGGACAUAUUAACCUGCAAAAAACAAUCACCGUUCAACACCCAGCAACUGAAUGAAUUUCUGGAUAAAAAGGAACGAGAAAUGACUUUCAUCAAUUCCUAUCUUUCUGCCCUAAAGGAUGUGGAAGUAGUGUCCUCCCAGAAUAAACUGGAUGAAAUAGUACUUGACCCCAUGAGUGACUUUGUUGUCGCCUUUAUGUUCACUUCAUUACAUGAAGAGGAACCAUAUUUAUCAGAUUUAAAACUCUGCCUUCAGACCCAGGUUAUGAAAAAUACCCAAGAUCCUGCAUCAGACAGUUCUGUCAGCGAGAAAUCCAAACUGUGGUUUGAGGAGAAACAGAGGAAACAAAGUGCCCGAAAAUCUGCAAAAUCCAUUUCAGACUUUGCCCGUGUCAAUAAAUCUUAUGGGAAAACUCGAUUCAUUGUGUCCUCUGUCCCAGACAAGGACAAUCCGGGAGCUUCAAUUUACCUCUAUGAAAACGAAGACCUGGUCAGCACUAACUAUGAGCCUCCAUCAAAACCUCUUCCUCCCCUGAUUGAUGGAGUCAGACAUGACCGUGUGCAGCUCACAUUUAACCCAGCAGCCUAUGGCAGGGCUGCGAUAUCCGGCUAUCGGGCAGAGUACAGAAUUGUAGGGCAGGAGAACUGGACGGCUGUGACUGUAAAUAACACACAAGAGACAUUCACAGUAACAGGACUCCGUGCAAACACCGAGUACCAGUUCCGAUAUGCUGCAGUGAGCAAACCAGGGCUCAGCGAGAGCAGCGACGUGAGUGAUCCUGUGAAGACUCUUCCCCUGACCAGCCCCCCUGGGAAGCCUGUAACAGCUACUGUAGAAUCAUCUUCCAUUGCCCUUUCCUGGGAGAGUCCAAGUGUCAUUGGAGAUGGAGUCAGUAUAAGGGCAUAUAAGGUGGAAUACAAAGAGGAAGCUGGAGGUGAGCAGAAAGACAAAUGGCUGGAACGAAGAACAGGCAAGAGAACAGAGUUCUGUGCCAUUGAUGGACUGAGGCCUGGGACGCCCUACAGAUUCCGGGUGUCGGCUGUGUGUGCGGAUGGGGCUUACACACUUGGAAAAAAGACACAUCAGUUCCCUAAUAAAGUGAUUAUGGUGAUGGGAGCAACUGGAUCAGGGAAAACCACACUCAUCAAUGGCAUGAUCAACUAUGUCCUGGGUGUGCAAUGGGAAGAUGAAUUCAGAUUCAAACUAAUCCAUGAAAUUACAAACAGAAGCCAAGCCCAGAGCCAGACAUCUGAAGUGACAACCUAUGAGGUCAAUUGGAAAGAGGGCUUCAAAGUCCCCUACUCCCUGACUAUAAUAGACACCCCAGGAUUCGGUGAUACCAGAGGAAUUGAACAUGACAUAAAGUUAACGGAGCAGAUCCGAACAUUUUUUUCCACUCCAGGAGCCAUUGAUCAGAUAGACGCUGUCUGCUUUGUAGUUCAGGCCUCACUCGCUCGUUUGACACACGCCCAGAAGUACGUGUUUGACUGUUCUAUCUUUGGGAAGGAUAUAAAAGACAAUAUACAAAUCCUGAUCACCUUCGCAGAUGGACAGACGCCCCCUGUUCUACAGGCCAUUAACGAGUCUGAGGUGCCUUGUGCUAAAGAUGCUCAGGGUGUCCCCGUUCAUUUCAAAUUCAACAACUCCGCACUGUUUGCCAACAAUGCUGGAGCUGGCAAGGGCCAUUGUAAUUUUGAUGCAAUGUUCUGGGAAAUGGGAGCGAGCAGCAUGGAGACUUUUUUUAUGUCCUUAAGAUCUUUAAAGACUAAAAGUUUAACAUUAACGCAGGAAGUUCUCUGGGAACGAAAGGAGCUCGAGGUUGCUGUGCAAGGGCUGCAGCCACAAAUCAAAGCUGGCCUGACAAAGCUAGAGGAGCUACGACAGACUGAGCGAGCUCUGGAACAGCAUCAGGGUGAUAUGGAGGCCAAUAAAGACUUUGAGUAUGAGGUAGAACUAACAGUGCCAGUGAAAGAAGACAUUAGCAGCACAGGUGUGUUUCUAACAAACUGCCAGAAGUGUCACUUCACAUGUCACGGUAACUGUGCAUAUGCUGAUGAUAAAGAUAAGGACAAAUGUUGUGCUAUGAACGGCUCUGGAAAUUGCAUUGUUUGCCCUGGUAAAUGUGUGUGGAACGUUCACUUCAAUCAAAAGUACAAGUGGGGAUAUGAAGUCAAAAAAGAGAAAAAAACCUAUGCAGAACUGCAGGAAAAGUACAAAAAGGCCUCUGAUGAGGUGAUGACUACAGAGAAGGUUAUUCAGAGGCUGUAUGAGGAAUACACUGAAGUAGAAGAGAUAGUGCUGGAGCUCAUUAAGAGAUCAUCUCUCAGCCUCCAACGCCUGCAAGAAAUUGCCUUAAAACCAAACCCACUGUCCACUCCAGAAUACAUUGACCUCAUGAUCAUGUCAGAAGAGCAGGAAGUGAAGCCUGGGUACCAGGGACGCAUAAAAUCGCUGAAGGAGGUGAGAGAACAGGCCGUGAUAAUAACCAAGAUUGCCAAUAACGAGCAACUGCUGCCAGCAGAGAUGGAAAAGUACAGGAAGCAUGAAACACAAAAGAUGGGAAUCGUGAAAAAAACAGGCAAGAAGAUUAAAAAAGGGUAUAAUAUGCCGGUGAAGCAGCGUCGUGUACUCACCGGCCUCUGCACCGAGCGGGCGGGGCAGGAGCCCCUGACUCAUGGCAACCUAGAAGCUGUAUCCAACUACCUGGCCAUGGGCGGAUGGAAUGGAAGUGAAGAUGACUAUACAGUUGUACCAAGCAGCCAUCCGCCUUCACAAGGGGACGGAAACAUUUAUUACAUCUUGACAGAUGAUUUUCCAUAUGCCAGCAAGCUCUUCCAACCCAGGAACAUGUGCUUCCUUAGAGAGAGGACUUAUCUGCACAGUAUUGCCUGUGACAGGGCUCCCAUUCACUACUUGAGGGUCACCAUGCUGGUUGACAAUUCCAUAGUCACUAUCGAUACAGAAAUUCUUCAGCUCAUGAAUAAGGAGGAAGCUGCUUUCUCCCUGGCCAUCAACACCUUCAACGAGUGCUUGAACUGUUUCCUGGGCAGUCACAGGCAUAGCCUUGAAGAAGCAGUGAAGGCUACAGUGGACCAGUACUGA